AAGCCAUGUGGGUUGUGGUAAUUCUAAUAAAUGCGCACCACACUAAAGACAAUCUUUUUGCUGCUGUGUGGAUUCUUCUUCAAACUUCUGUGAAUGCAUAGCAAGCGAUGGAGAUACUUUGCACAUCCUGUCAAAGGCGGUUAGUCAGGGGGGCCACACUGCUGCACAUUUGGAGAGGGGGGUCUGGACUACUAUUACAGAGGAGUCUACAUCUCACUGCACAGCGGCUCGAGCUUAAUAAACCCAAGACAGAUGAAGAAGACAAUCCAUUGAAGGAAAGUGACUUUGUCUCGCAACACACCCACCAAAGUUCAGUGGGCUACUCACCAGAUGACGAAGCUAUCAAAGCGCAGUACCCUGGAAACAGAGGCAGCAACAAAGGAGAAGAAGAGGUUGAGGAGUGGAGGGAACAGAAGAUCGAGAUAUCCAAACUCCCGGGGAUGUAUCUGCGACUGUCCAAGCACAAACUAACGACUCUUGUGGUACUGACUGCUCUGGCUGGCUACAGCAUGGCUCCUGGAGCAGUGAGUGUGUCCACUCUGCUUUGGAUGACUGCUGGAACUAGCCUCUGCUCAGCAGCUGCUAACACCUUUAAUCAGUGGAUUGAAGUUCCCUUUGACUCACAAAUGGCGAGGACCAGGAACAGAGUACUUGUCAGAGGCAUGAUCAGCCCUCUUCAUGCAUCACUGUUUGGGCUCACAGCUGGCAUCACCGGUACAACAAUCCUCUAUCACCUUGUCAACCCUCUAACAGCCGCACUGGGUGCUACCAACCUGCUACUCUACACACUUGUAUACACUCCUAUGAAGCGAAUCAGUAUCAUGAACACCUGGGUCGGAUCUAUUGUCGGCUCUAUACCACCAUUGAUGGGUUGGGCAGCUUGCACUGGUAGUUUGGAGCCUGGAGCCUUUGUACUGGCCGGAGUGCUCUAUGCUUGGCAGUUUGCACAUUUCAAUGCUCUUAGUUGGGGCCUGAGGGGAGACUACUCGAGAGCUGGUUACCGGAUGAUGGCCGUAACUGACCCGGAACUUUGUAAACGAGUGGCACUUAGGUACAGUUUGGCUACUAUACCGAUUUGUUCGUUGGCUGCUCCACUGUUUGGUGUGACUAGUGUUUGGUUUUCACUGGAUUCUCUCGUUCCUAAUGUCUGGCUCAGUUAUCUGGCAUGGAGGUUCUAUAAAGACUCAGACUUCAAGUCGGCACGUAAACUAUUCCAGUUCAGCUUGUUUCAUUUGCCUCUGUUGAUGGGACUGUUAUUUCUGAACAAGAAGAGUAGCCAGACAGAGACUGAACAGUUAGAUUCUUUAUAGCCUUCAUAGCUCAUAAUAGUUAAUUUGUGCAAAAUAAUUAUUUUUUUUAAUGCAAUUAUUUGAGGGCGGCUA